GAUUUCCCAUUUAAUUUGUUGCACAUCUCAACUUUGAAGCCCCGAAAGUCCAGGCAACACGGGGGCCGGAAUUGGUGCGCCGAAUUGUUGAAUUUUGAGGCUUUCAGAAUGAAUGUGACAAUCCCAAGCUUUCGAGGUUCUAGAACGUGAUCCCUGAUGUUUAAGGCUGGAACUUCUCGACAGCUUGACAACGUAACCUAUCGAGGUAAGACAUGGCAGAGAGGGAGCUACCGAGACUUCCACAAAAAUAAUCCCUGCAGCUUCACUUCAUCCAACUUUCCUUGCGUUUAGGAAUUGCCAGCUAUCUCUUUAUUCAGCAUUAAGCCUUGCAAUCGGAAAGUUUCCAGAAGAAAACAUGGCAGAUAUGCGUGCACCACCCACUCCCACGGCCAUGCUAAUCGGCACCGCCAUCAUAGCCGGUCUCAGUGGAUAUAUGAUUGGAAUUGCGUCUAGUCUUGGAUUCUUCCCAAUCCCUUUCAUGCCGCGAGCACCCAAGGAACGAGGAAUCGCGAAUUACGACGAUGAGGAAGAAAGUGAGGAGGAAGAUAUCGAUGCCUCUAUAUUAGACCAUGCGCCCAACUGGUCCAAUGGGUUAGAAGCCGAUAGACGAGAUGGAUUGCGAGCAACGCAAAACGAGACUGCGAAAAAGAGUGAGAAGAAGCAGGAGAAGAGUGAGCGCGGACCCGUGGACACCGGAGAAGAAUGUAAAUUAGUCUUGGUUGUGAGAACGGAUUUGGGCAUGACAAAAGGAAAAAUCGCCGCACAAUGUUCCCACGCCACUCUCGCCUGCUACAAAACUAUCUCUCGCCAGCCUGCCAAUUCAUUGAUUCUUCGACGCUGGGAACGGGAAGGCCAGGCAAAGGUCGCGCUACAAGUAAAGUCUGAAGACGAAUUGCAAAUCCUACAGGCGCAAGCUAUUAGCUUGGGGGUUGUGGCCGAGCAGAUUGCGGACGCGGGUAGAACGCAAAUUGCGAGUGGGAGCCAUACUGUUUUGGGAAUUGGUCCCGCGCCAAAGAGCGUUAUUGAUCAGAUCACUGGAAAAUUAAAGUUAUUGUAGACGAUGAUAAUACUGGUAGAUUUAAGGGGGCUUACGAAUGGGGUUCUGGGAAGAGCAAAGACGGGGGAUUAAAGCCCCAGAAUGAAUAUCACGAAUACUUGACAUUCGUACGUUACCGAGCAUAGGAUUAGGGAUAAGAAGGGUAGCCUUCAGGAACAUGGAAUGAUUCAAGACUUGAAGGGAUGAAGAUAUAGGAGACGUCGAAAUCAUGAAAAUCAGGUACAGGAAUACAAAAGCGUAGCAUUGCUGGCGUUUAGGAUGACCAAGGAUAUAUUUGCAGACACGAAUUGGCUUUGAAAUCAAUUCAUACUAAAGCCUCGGCCCGUCUGAUUCUAAUCACUAUACAAACUUUCCUUGAAUAUGUCAUGUGUAUUUUCACCCCAAUUUUGUGACUUUAUUCAGUGGUAUCUAUCGGGUUGAGGGUCACCAGUCACCUUAGUUCUUUACUUCCAGUGUUGCAUUUGAGACUGUAAUCUUGUAUUAUAUAUGUAGUACAAUACCAUGAUCUCUCCAGCCAGUAAGUUAAAUCAGAUAUUUCAUAUAGCCA